UGAAGCGUCGCAGCAACCUAAAAGCUUCGGGAAAGUUUCUUUGGAGGUCUGGCCUGGAGCGGCCAUGUCCCACGGCCCCAAGCAGCCCGGCGCCGCCGCCGCGCCAGCAGCCAACAAGGCUCCAGGCCAGCAUGGAGCAUUCGUGGUAGCUGUAAAGCAAGAGCGAGGCGAGGGCCCGAAGGCUGGAGAGAAGGGGCCGCAGGAGGAGGAGCCCGUGAAGAAGCGUGGCUGGCCCAAGGGCAAGAAGCGGAAGAAAAUUCUACCGAAUGGACCCAAAGCCCCAGUCACGGGCUACGUGCGCUUCCUGAACGAGCGCCGGGAACAGAUCCGCACGCGCCACCCGGACCUGCCUUUCCCCGAGAUCACCAAGAUGUUGGGUGCCGAGUGGAGCAAGCUGCAGCCGGCUGAGAAGCAGCGGUACCUGGACGAGGCUGAGCGGGAGAAGCAGCAGUACAUGAAGGAGCUGCGAGCCUACCAGCAGUCCGAGGCCUACAAGAUGUGCACGGAAAAGAUCCAGGAAAAGAAAAUCAAGAAGGAGGACUCGGGCGGGGGGCUCAUGAACACGCUGCUGAAUGGACACAAGGGUGGGGACUGCGAUGGCUUUUCCACCUUCGAUGUCCCCAUCUUCACCGAAGAGUUCUUGGACCAAAACAAAGCGCGGGAGGCGGAGCUGCGGCGCCUGCGGAAGAUGAACGUGGCCUUCGAGGAGCAGAACGCGGUGCUGCAGCGGCACACGCAGAGCAUGAGCAGCGCGCGCGAGCGCCUGGAGCAGGAGCUGGCGCUGGAGGAGCGGCGGACGCUGGCGCUGCAACAGCAGCUCCAGGCCGUGCGCCAGGCGCUCACCGCCAGCUUCGCCUCGCUGCCGGUGCCAGGCACAGGUGAGACGCCCACACUGAGCACGCUGGACUUCUACAUGGCCCGGCUUCACGACGCCAUCGAGCGCGACCCUGGGCGGCACGAGAAGCUCAUCGUCCGCAUCAAGGAGAUCCUGGCCCAGGUGGCCAGCGAGCACCUGUGAGGGGGCGACCCUGAUCCCACACGACUGAGCUCGAGGCUGGCCCUCUCCCACCCAGCCCCGUGGAGGAGGGGCCUGGGUGCGUCCUUUGGGGCUGGUCCAAUCCUGCACCUUGGGGGCACUAGCCCCCCAAAUUAAAUCUCUACAGCACUCCCUUAGCCUUUAAACCCCUCAGGAGCCCCCCAAAAAAGCACUC